UCGCAGCAGGUCAGCUGUAAAAAGUCAGGCUUGUUAAGGAGCACACAUUUCUCUCACACUUGGAAUCCAGCUAUUGACAUCAGUUCUUCACUGAAUCACGAAGCGAGUGAGUCCUGGGCUGCUGGCAUUUAACUGGGUAAACAUUUUCCAUGGGCUGGAGGAGGAGAGCCUGCUGAACUCAGUGAAGAAAUAAAACUACUCCUCUCUAGCAGUCCGUGGUGGCCACAGUGAAGGAGGAAAUCAUUUAAGGAGAGAACAAAGCUGGGAAGGACAGGAAUGUGCUUUAAGAGCACUUGGUAUAAUUCUCAUUAUUACUGCUAAGUCACAAAAAUGGGCUUCUCUCCUGCCUUGCAGAGUCAGACUGGAGAGGUUGUCUGUGAUGAGUGAUUUCCAGAAACACUGAGGGGAUGGAGCUGUGGAACAAUCAACGAAGGUUGACUGUCCAGAGGUUUUCAGAAAAGCUCUUAAUAUACUGCUUCAUGUUAGAAGUUGUCAGCACCAUUGGCAAGCACUAAAGAUGAGCCUGAAGAAGUUGUACUUUUCUGGAUGUGAUUAAUUCUGGCACGGUGCUUGUUCCCAUGGCUAAGCCCUGUGUGCACUGCUGUUCUUGUCAGGACAGCAGUAAGGGAAGUCAUCUGUGAAAUCAGAUCUUGCUGCAGAGGAUUCCCUCUCGGUGCUCCGGGGUGGAGACGCCUCGGCUGGGCUGUCCUGCUGGGCCAGGCAGGGCAGGCUGAGGUCACCCUUCCACUGCUGCUGACACAGGGAGCCAGCAGAAGCCAAAAUACAAAGAUCUCAAGGGCAAACUCUCGGAACCAGAAAUCAUAUUUGCUAGAGAUGCCUCCUAAUCUGAUGGUCAUAACUUGAUUGCUUCAUACUCUCUAGUCCCAACAGCAGAUUUCCCCCAAGGCAUGACUUGUCAGGUAACUUUCUUCAUGUGCUGCUGCAAACAGCAAAUGGAUCCACAAAUGUUUUCUGUACCAUGGCAGAACCAAGUCACGCUCCCUCCCAAGCUGCCAAACCAGUUUCUGCCCAAACUCUUAAUAAGUACAUAUGAAAUUGUAUAUUUUCUUACCAUAUCCCAUCUGUGUUACCAUGUGUAUACCCCCCACCUUGGAAUUAGAUACUUGCUUUCCACCCACAAAGUCUCAACACCAUCGCUUUGUAUGAAUUAUGACAGUGAAUUUCAGGGGCAUGCACUGAUAUUCUGAUAUUCUGCUCCAGGUACUCCUCAGAGCACCCUCUGCAAGUCCAUGGCUGAAAUAAGUAAAGCUAGCAGUGUCUUUCAACAAACUACUUCAGAGAAGAAUCCAUCAUAAUGUUGUGAUUUAGAUAAUUUUGUAGAUCCUAUAAGGUGAUGUGUGAUUGGAUAACAGCUGAACAAGACUGGCUUUCUGGUUUAGGAGAAUGUGUAACUCUGCAACAACACGAGGGCAUUUAUUUAGCUGGAUUUUCAGUGCCACAAGUAGGGUUAAUAAAAGCUUCUUCAUCAAAGUAAUGCAUUUCCCAGCAGAUGAAGCUUUUCAUGGGAACAAUUCGAUUUUCCUGAGAUGUUUUUACUUUCCUGGGGGUGAGCAGGUAGAAGAGCAAGAGGGAAGGAGUCAGUGUUUGAUGCUCCCUCAAAACACUAAGAAAACAUAGUGGGAGAAAAAUUUAGGAAACAUUUGAACAUUUUUUUAUUUUAAGUUAUAUUCUAGGACAAGAAUCAAAAGGCCUAGAGAAUUUCCCCGGAAAAGUGAGACCUUCAGGAAUAAAAGGAACUUUAGAAUCACAAGGAGAGAGAGGAACAAAAGUAGAACAUGGAAGUAAGAAAUAAAUUCCUCAUGUUACUAUGAGUCUGAUUUUCAACCUUUUAGUAUAUUCUCAAAAAAAAAAAAUACUUGUAUUAGUAUCUUGCAUUCCUAUAGCAUCAUUUGAGGAAAGGUGUGACUUCCAAGCAUGAGGGAUAGAAAAAUAAACCAUCUAUUACAUAGGAGAUGAGUUGUCCAACAGAACUGGAGGAAGAAAGCACCUGGAAUGAGUCACUAGCUUGUUUUCUGUGAAUGAAAUACCAAGCCCUCUAUCUCAUGUUAUAAAGGGCAUUUUUUCUUUAAUUUUUUGCCUGUUCUUGUGUUUUUUACUCCAACUUUAAUUAAUUUUAAAAUGUUCCCAUGUGUGUUUUGCCUCUGAGAACUGGGCUUUUUCCUCUGAACAGAAGAUGACUUUGGCAGCCCUGAGAAUUCGAAGCCUAUCCAAGUGUUCACUUUGGUCAGGGAUAAGGCACUCCCAGUUGGACAAAUUCCCUGAACAAAUCUGCAGUGUGGCCUGUGAUUUCUGCUCUGGAAACCAAAUAUCUCUUUCACGUGGCGUCGGAUUACAGGAGAGCUGAACAUCUUGUGCAGUCAUUUUAAAAUAAAUUAUUAAAUAACAGCCUUAAGUCCCACUUAUAGUAACUGAUGGCUCACAGAGACAAGUAAUUGCUUUAGAAACAAAAGCACAGGUUUUGGAGGCUGAAUUAAAUAGACACAAAAAAGGUAAGGUAAAGAUCUCCAAUAGAGUCGGGACAUUUAUGAAGCUUCUUGGAAUCUUAAGUUAAUGCUUAUUUUCAGAGACCACUGUGCCUCAUUCAAAUGGGAUCUAUACAAACCCCAAAAGGGUUUGCAGGAACCUUCCAAGAACAUUUCUGCACCGAAGCCUGUGGAGUAACCUCUCCUUCUGUAGUUUCGAGCCAGCUGAGAUGUAUCAAUGAAAGCUCAUGACAGCAAUAAAAACUACAAUAGGUGGUGUUUGCUGGGAAUUCACUAAUGGGAAUUCAUUCCUUAAUGGCUGUUUCCCUUCAGUAAAAUACAAAGCAGCUUCAUUUCACUGUGAUCAUCAGACCUUAACAGCAGCUUGCUGGCCUGAGAAAUCAUGUUGUCUUACUCAUCCUACAUCCUCAUAGCACUGGCUGCUUUGUCAGUGACUUGCCAUGCAUUGAGUAAAUGUCCAGGAGCUUCUGGGCUGCCUGGUAUCCCUGGAAGAGAUGGUCUGAAAGGUCUGCCUGAUUCUCUGGCCACCAAAUAUCACAAUGCUUUAGCAAAUUUGGAACGCCGACUUUUCCGACUUGAAGCUGUGCUUGUUUUGAAUGGGAAAAUAAGAAAAGUAGGAGAGAAAGUGUUUGCCAGCAAUGGAAAGAGAGUUGACUUUGCAUCUGCACUACAAUCCUGUGAAGAGGUUGGAGGAACUCUAGCAGCUCCCACAAAUGAGGAGGAGAAUAAAGCUAUUAUGGACAUUGUGAAACAGCAUAACCAAUAUGCGUACUUGGGCAUCAGAAAGGGGGAGGCUUCAGGCCAGUUUACAUACAUAAAUGGCACGCCUCUAAAAUACAUCAACUGGCACCAGCACGAGCCCAAUGGCAAAGGGAGAGAGAAGUGUGUGGAGAUGUACACUGAUGGCACCUGGAAUGACAAAAAAUGCAACAUGAAUCGCCUCACAAUCUGCAAAUUUUAAAGAAUGGCCUUUCAGCCAUAUGGAGAUAAUGAAGUAUCUGUGUUUCAAAUUGAUUCAAUUUCUGCAAUUUCUCUGAAUCCUAAAAUAUAAAAUGAAUCAUAUUGUGAUAUUUUUUAGCCUUAGGAAAAUGUCAAAUGUGCUACGUGAUUAACAUAAUUAAAAUGGGCCUGAACUGAUGUGUCUGACGUG